UAAUGGAAGGUCCACCACCUUGUGUCGGAAAAAGGAUCGUCACUAGUCUUAAAUCUUAACGAAUGUUAAAUAACUAAUAAGCCCAUAAACAUCACCAUUGGUCACCCACCUGCCCCAUAAAAUAGGAAAGUUAUUAGAAGACCCACGGAAGAAAUCACAACCGUCGAUCUUAGACGACCAGGCUUGUUACAGUGGAAGUCAACUCAAAGUCGUCGUCUCACCCAGUAAUUUCCAAAAAGACAUUAAAACUGGCGCGUCUCUAUAUAUCUCCACCACUUUACUUGCCAGUUAUUUACGGGAUUUUAUUUUCUUAAAAAUCUAAAUUGUUUCCCUCUUCGUCUUCGCAAACAAAAAAAAAAAGAAAAGAAAAGAAAAGAGUAUUAAAGCGGAGUCGAGUUUAUCGAUAUUCGAGGAAACUUCAAUGUGGACACAAAUAUCAAACUCAAAACUUCCCUAGAGAUUUUGUCUUAGGGUUCUUCUUCUCCUCUUCAUUCUAAUCAUCAUCGAGCUCUAUCAUGGCUGGACGAUCGUGGCUGGUUGAUAGUAACCGAAUCGCAACUAAAAUAAAGAGUGCAUCGAGUCAUUCUGACUCGCACCAAGUGGUGUGGAACAGCAAUCCUACUAGACACUGUCCCAACUGUAGUCACGUCAUUGACAACAACGAUGAAGUUGAUGACUGGCCAGGCUUGCCACGAGGUGUGAAAUUCGAUCCUUCUGAUCCAGAGAUCAUCUGGCAUUUGCUUGCAAAAUCUGGUUUGUUGGGUUUAAGCUCCCACCCUUUCAUUGAUGAGUUCAUCCCAACUGUUAAUCAAGAUGAUGGUAUCUGUUACACUCAUCCUAAGAACUUGCCAGGUGUUAAGCACGAUGGGACUGUGUCCCACUUCUUCCAUAGAGCAAUCAAAGCUUACAGCACAGGAACUAGAAAGCGUAGGAAGAUUCACGACGACGAUUUCGGGGACGUGCGCUGGCACAAGACAGGAAGAACUAAGCCGGUUGUGUUGGAUGGUGUUCAAAGAGGUUGCAAGAAGAUAAUGGUUCUCUACGGUGGGAAAGCCGUGAAAACCAACUGGGUGAUGCAUCAAUACCAUUUGGGGACGGACGAAGAUGAGAAAGAAGGUGACUACGUUGUUUCCAAGAUAUUCUACCAGCAGCCAGCAGUGCUCAAGCAAGGUGGUGGUGAUAAAGCUGGAGAUGAUGUCUCUGAUGAUAUCUUUGCUGCAACCACUCCCAAAGCGGAUCCUGUCACUCCGAAACUGUUUACACCAGAGCCUCCACAAGCUGUGGGAGUUUGCUCUGAUCCUCACUUUGCAGAUGACUAUGUAGCUGCUCCUGAGGUGUCUCUUGCUGAGAUAUCUGAGGCAGUGUAUAUGGAAGAUGAGGUUCAGGGAGUUCAACGUAACCACGAAAGAACAAGCUCCGAGGAUGAGCCUGCACCUGAGACCGGGAUUGAAAACCGAGAAAAUGAAAUAAUGGUAUAUGAUGGAGAAGAGAAAGAGAAUGGUAAGGAAGAUGGAAACGAAGGUGAAAACCAAGCUGAGGAAGAUCCGAAUUGGUUGGACAGUGGUGGAUCUCAGUUUAUAUUGGACUCGCAGCAGCUUGUGGAAGCCUUGUCUCUUUGCGACGAUCUCUUGCAGGACAGAGAUGAGAACACAAACAAUGGAGGAGGCUCAAGGAACAAGCAGCCGUGUUUUGGUGAUUACGCACAUUUGGGAGGAACAGAAGACUUCAAAAGGGAUCUGGAGGAUUGUCAGAAACUCGUUCUUGAUCCCUCCAACAUUGAUCUUGAUACUCCACCCGAGUUUCGUCUUAGCCAGCUGGAAUUUGGAUCACAGGAGAGCUUUCUCGCUUGGGGCACUGGAAAGACUGACUAACCACAACUCCCACGAGUUCCAAGACUAUUGGAACUCGCUCUGUUAUUUUUUGGUAGGCAAAACGGUGCCACGCUGAUGUAUGAUAUAUGUUGCUCAAGUGCUUUGAUUUCAAACUGUUUUUGGUUUUUCUCUUUUCGGAUUUAGAAUAACUUCUUUGGAACGUGUCUCCAAUCUAACUUGGAAUGUCCUUAUGUAAAUAUAUUUGCUUCUGAGAACUUAAUGAGUCCAAAGCCUCCAUGUUUGGACUCUAAUCUCUCCGGAGUUGAGUCCAGAAUUUCACUAGGAAGCUCUUUCUUA